GGCAGCUGUUCACCAGCCCAUUCCCAUCCAUCCCAUUUUCCUUUCAGUUUCAGUCACCGGCGGAUGAGAUCAUCCCAUCUUAGAGAGGGAGAAAAAGAGAAUUAAAAUUACUUUUGAACGGCCAACAAGUUUGGGAAAAAAGGACACGUGGAAGGAUCACAUGAGGAUGAGGCAGAGAAGCCGGAGAAGAGAGAGGAGGUGGUGUCAGUGCGGCGUCGCCUGUUUCAUGUAGGAAAGAGCCAUCGUGCGGACGUCACGUCUGAAUGGGGAAUGGCAUUAUCAACUCUCAGGCCUCAGGUGGCUGCCACCUCCACCCAUCCUCCACAACCGACGUCGACGCCGUACCGGAGGUGUCUUUCGGUGGUCUAAUCUAAUUUUAGGGUAACCCUAAACUCUAAAAUUAUAUCAAAUCACAUGAAAGUUACGUUUGGGAGAAGUGGGGCCCAACUUGGUCUGCCAUAGCAGAUGAGUUUUAUUGGGGUUGAUGAACACGUGUACUGUUGUUAGAGUGACUGUGUAUUAAGGGGUUGAUGCGGUUCUCUCAAACUGUUACUGGAAUGGGGGCCCUGUGACAUGUGGCGAGGAGAUGGGGUGAGAGUUUAUCAAGACUGAAGGGUUGCGGUACCACUACGGCUCUUCUACAUAGAGAGGCUGAAAGGUGAAAGCCCUGUUUUUUAAGUGAGAGAGAGUGAAGAGAGAGAAGUCGAAAAAAAAAAAAAAAAAGGGUAUCUGGUCGCUGAUUGGUUUUCUGAGAGUUCAUCUGCAAAGAGAGAGAGAGAGAAUUUUUUUCAGUAUCUUUUAGUUGUAUUAAGCGAUAUUUUCAAUUUCAUUUGUUCAUUUUUAGGCUUUUAGGUUUCUUUCUUUUCUCUCUUAUCUCUUGAGGUCCUCCUCUGUUCGUUUGUUGGAGAUCGAGCCCGUCACGAGGGUCUUCUAUUAUUUUCUGGUAGGAAGAAGUGAGAAAACCAAGCAAUUAAGUUGAAGCCCAUUCACUACUACCACAAGAUGAUCAGAUUCUUAUUCUGCUACUACUACUGCUUCAGCUGCUGCUGAGACUGAGAGGUGUGAGAGAGAAUCUGCAAUCUUCAUCAAUAUCAGGGCCUCAAGGGGUUGGUGACUUUCUGUGUUGAUCUCUAAUUUUGUGGAUUUUCUUCUUUUUUUUGUAAGAAAGGAAAGAUGAAGAGAGAGCUUCAAGAGAGUAGUGGCGGGGGUAGUGUUGGUGGUUGUGGUGGAACUUAUUCAAUGGGGGCUGGGGCGGACUUGGGGAAGGGAAAGAUGUGGGAUGAUUCACAACAGCAAGAUGCAGGAGUGGAUGAGCUUCUCUCUGGGUUGGGUUACAAAGUCAAAUCGUCGGACAUGGCGGAAGUAGCUCAGAAGCUUGAGCAGCUAGAGAUGGUAUUCGGCAGCGUUCAGGAGGAUGGGCUUUCACAUCUGGCUUCGGAGACUGUUCAUUACAACCCUUCUGAUCUCUAUACCUGGCUCGAAUCUAUGCUCUCUGAAAUCAACACUCCACCCAAUUUCGAUCCGAACCCUGUUCAGCAGCCGCCUCUGCCCCAACCCAUUGACGAUCCUCUACUCGCUCCUGCCGAAUGUUCAACCAUCACCACUGUAGAUUUCCCCAAUUCCACACAACAUCAACAUCAACAUCAACAGCAGCAACCUCGAAUCUACGAUGGUCCAUCGGAUUACGAUCUCAGAGCAAUUCCAGGUGGGGCCAUUUACGCUCAGGAAGCUUCAUCGGCUACUCCCAGAGAAAGCAAACGGAUGAAACCCACCUCCACCACAUCUACUUCCCCUGCAACGGCAACCGCAUCUUCAUCCUCUGCCGCUGUAGUCCCUCCUGUAGUUAUAGGGGUUACGACGACCAAGUCGGCUCGGCCGGUCGUACUUAUGGAGCCGCAGGAUAACGGGAUCCGACUAGUACAUAGCUUAAUGGCCUGCGCGGAGGCUGUUCAACAGGAGAAUCUCAAGCUCGCUGAAGCACUUGUCCAACAGAUAGGGUUGCUGGCCAGGUCCCAAGCCGGCGCCAUGAGAAAGGUCGCCACAUACUUUGCAGAAGCCCUUGCUCAGAGAAUUUACAGAUUGUACCCACAGGAGAGCUUGGAAUCGUCCAUUUCAGACAUCCUCCAGAUGCACUUUUAUGAGACUUGCCCCUAUUUGAAAUUCGCCCAUUUCACGGCAAACCAAGCCAUCCUCGAGGCCUUCGCCGGAAAAAGCCAAGUUCACGUCAUUGAUUUCAGCAUGAAACAGGGGAUGCAGUGGCCGGCUCUGAUGCAGGCGCUGGCACUCCGACCUGGCGGUCCGCCCACGUUUCGGUUAACCGGAAUCGGCCCACCUCAGCCGGACAAUACCGAUGCUUUGCAGCAAGUGGGUUGGAAGCUGGCUCAGUUGGCGGAGACCAUCAAUGUCAAAUUUGAGUACAAAGGGUUUGUGGUGAACAGUUUGGCGGACCUGGACCCGUCGGUGCUGGAUCUAAGGCCGAGCGAGGUGGAGACGGUGGCAGUUAAUUCAGUAUUCGAGCUUCACCGGCUAUUGGGUCGGCCGGUAGCGAUGGAGAAAGUGUUAACGUUGAUUAAGGAGAUGAAGCCGAAGAUAGUGACGAUCGUGGAGCAGGAAGCGAACCAUAACGGACCGGUGUUCGUGGACCGAUUCACGGAGGCCCUGCAUUAUUACUCCACCUUGUUUGACUCGUUAGAGGGGUGUGGAGUGUCGCCGCCAAACGCUCAAGACCUAUUGAUGUCGGAGAUGUAUUUGGGGCGGCAGAUCUGCAACGUGGUGGCCUGCGAGGGGCCGAAUCGGGUGGAGCGGCACGAGACGCUGAAUCAGUGGAGGACUAGAAUGGGAUCGGCCGGGUUCUCCCCUGUUCAUCUUGGGUCCAACGCGUAUAAGCAAGCCAGUAUGUUAUUGGCUUUGUUUGCAGGUGGGGAUGGGUACAGGGUGGAGGAAAAUAACGGGUGUCUCAUGCUCGGCUGGCAUACGCGGUCACUGAUAGCCACGUCAGCAUGGGAACUCGUCUCCAGUGAUGCCCAAUGAGUCAACUCAACUAACUCAUCUCUUGCUUUUGGUUAGUCGGCCCAACAUAACACAGCAGCCAAACGAGACGUUAACUUGCGCCGUGUAAGUGUAAGAGUGUGAGACCCACCACCCGAACCACCCCAAGUGUGUCUCCAACCCUUUUUUUUUUUUUUUUCUCUUUCUUUUUUCUUUUUUGGAAAUUUUCUUUUCCUUUCUUGCCCUUCCCUUGUAUUCUCAUCAACGGUGAAUGAAUGCCAAUGUGUAAUUAAUUAUAAAUA